AUGCAGCACAAUCCAAGAGCGACCGAACACCGAGGCAGCAAGCGCGGGACAGCCGAAAAGAGGAGACAGGUUCACGAAGAAAGUGACGAACAACACCAGAGAAGCAUCUCGGAUCUCUUGUCGAGCAACAACCCCCAAGCCAGGGAUUGUCAGCAGCCUUCAUCACCGAAACGACUUCGAAGCUCGAUCACGCCCUCGCCAUCCCCGAACAAAUCUAGACAUACGUUGAUUUCAUCUGACAAGAUGUACAAUUUUUCGAGUUCAGACUCCAAGACAAAUGAAAAAUUCUCGCGAAAAGUCAACGGGCCUGCCGUUGUCUCACGGCCGAGCAAUUUCACGCCACACACAGGUGCCAAAAGACUAGUAGUCAAGAAUCUCCGUUCGGGGCCGCGGUUGAAUUCAGAUGAAUAUUUCGAGAAGAUUUGGUCCCAAUUAUCAACUGCUUUGGAAACGGUCUUUGACGGCGGGAAGCCGAUGACUUCCCUCGAGGAAUUAUACAAAGGUGCAGAGAACGUUUGCCGCCAAGGUCGCGCGGUGGUGUUAGCACAAAAGCUUCAGGAAAGAUGCAAGACAUACGUUGUCAACAAUCUGAGGCAGGAUAUGGUGGCCAGAUCAAAACAUGGGACCGACGUCGACACACUGCAGGCAGUUGUCGGUGCUUGGGCGGCAUGGAACACAAAGUUGGUCACAAUUCGAUGGAUAUUCUACUACUUAGACCAGUCGUUCCUGCUACACUCGAAAGAUUAUCCCAUCAUCAACGAGAUGGGGUUAAUUCAGUUCCAAACGUACAUUUUUCUUGAUGAAGAGUUGAGGCCAAAGAUACUUCAAGGCACAUGCGACUUGAUUGCGGCCGAAAGAGCAGGUGAAGGGGGCUCUGAUCUAUUGAAGAAGACUAUUGCCUUGUUUCACGACCUCGGUGUGUAUGCGCGUCAUUUUGAACCGCUAUUUCUCUCCGAAUCCGAAGCAUUUCUCAAAUCGUGGUCCCAGAAGGAGGCGGAUAGCCAAUAUCUUGGCACAUACGCAGAGAACAGCCACCAUCUCAUCGAGAAGGAAUUGACUCGGUGUGAACUUUAUGCAUUGCUCCGAAACACCCAGCAAAGCUUGUCAACACUCUUUGACGAGUAUUUGGUGCGAGACAAGGAGGAUAUUUUGUUGGCACAACCUGACUUAUUGGGCCUGAUGACGACUCAGAACAAACAUGCUCUGGAACGAGUGUAUUCACUAUUGGAACGCGUCAAGCUCGGCCACAAACUAAGAACUUCAUUUAGCAAAUAUAUCGAGGAGCAAGGGGAAACUAUAGUAUUUGAUGCUCAACGUGAGGCUGAGAUGGUAAGCCGUUUACUCGACUUCAAGCAGGAGCUUGAUGAUACGUGGGUAGAGUCGUUCCAUAAGGAUGAAACACUUGGCCAUGUUCUUCGUGAAGCAUUUGAGAGCUUUAUGAACAAAACCAAGAAAACGCAGUCUAGCUGGGGCACUGACAAUGCCAAAACGGGUGAAAUGAUUGCAAAAUACGUGGAUACACUACUCAAAGGCGGCCUGAAGGUGAUUGGAAGAAAGGCCGGGGACACUAGUUUGGCGGAUGAAGAUACAGAGAUUAACAAGCAGCUAGACAAAGUGUUGGACUUGUUCCGGUUUGUACACGGCAAAGCAGUGUUUGAAGCAUUCUACAAGAAUGACCUUGCUCGCCGUCUGCUCAUGAAUCGAAGCGCCAGUGAUGAUGCGGAAAAGAGCAUGUUAGCUCGGUUAAAGACGGAGUGCGGUUCUAGCUUUACUCACAAUCUCGAGGCUAUGUUUCGCGACAUGGACUUAGCUAGAGACGAAAUGAGUUCUUACAACGCGUAUCAAUCACAACGGCAGACGCGGCUCGGUCUAGAUCUUCAUGUCAGUGUCUUGUCUGCGGCAGCAUGGCCCACGUAUGCGGAUGCACCAGUUCGCAUUCCUCCCGACAUUGCCAAGGCUAUCUCGGACUUCGAGCAUUACUAUCAUACGAAGCACAAUGGGCGGAAGCUCAGCUGGAAACAUCAAUUGGCACACUGCCAGCUCCGAUCGCGGUUCGCGAAGGGCAACAAAGAAAUUGUUGUCAGCUCUUUCCAAGCAAUCGUCUUAUUGCUAUUCAACGAUGUGGCAGAUGGUGAAACUCUGAGCUACGGUCAGAUCCAAGAAGCCACAGGUCUUUCUGAUGGAGAUCUCACGAGAACCCUGCAAUCGCUAGCAUGUGCCAAGUAUCGGGUGCUCUUUAAAAACCCAAAGGGCAAGGAUGUCAAUAAGACAGAUGUGUUCUCGUAUAACGCCACUUUCCAGGACCCCAAGAUGAGGAUCAAAAUCAACCAGAUCCAGCUCAAGGAGACUAAAGAGGAAAACAAGACGACACACGAGCGAGUUGCGGCAGAUCGACACUACGAGACGCAGGCAGCAAUCGUCCGAAUCAUGAAAAGUCGCAAGAUUAUUACGCAUGCAGAGCUCGUUGCGGAAGUGAUCAAGGCAACGCGCAGUCGCGGAGUAUUGGAGCCAGCGGAGAUCAAGAAGAACAUUGAGAAGCUGAUUGAGAAAGACUACAUGGAGCGUGAAGAGGGAAAUCGGUACAGUUAUCUAGCCUAA